ACAGAUCUACUCAACACCACCACCACUCCAUUACCAUUAUUUGCUUUGUACUUUUGAUUCCUUGACGUUGUAAGAAGGAAAACACCACCAGCUCCGGGGUAAUAACAUGGCGGAUGGUAGUAGUUGUUCGUCGGAUUCAGGCUGCAUCAGUAGAGAGAUCAUGCUGUUUGGUGUCAGGGUGGUUCUUGAUCCGAUGAGAAAGAGUGUGAGUUUGAACAACUUGUCUGAGUACGAGCAGACGGAGGAGAUCCCAAAGAUCAUCAUCGCCGAGGAUGAAAAGAACAAAACCUCCUCCGGUUACGCCUCCGCGGACGACGCUGUUCCGAUCUCUUCUAGCCGAGAGAGGAAACGAGGAGUUCCAUGGACAGAGGAAGAGCACAAGCUGUUCUUGCUUGGGCUGAAGAAAGUAGGGAAAGGAGAUUGGAAAGGAAUAUCUAAGAACUUUGUCAAGACCAGGACGUCUACUCAAGUAGCUAGUCACGCUCAGAAGUAUUUCCUCCGGCGAAGUAAUCUCAACCGUCGCCGGCGAAGAUCUAGUCUUUUCGACAUGACAACUGACACGGUCAUGCCCAUGGAAAAAGAUCAGAUGCUUAUGCAUGAGAACAUGUCACAACCAUCUUCUCUUGUACCUGAGAUCAAGAUGCACCCGGUUAUGCAAAUCUUUCCUGAGUUUCCGGUACCAGCAUCUGGUGGUAAUGCAUCAAGGAACCAUCUGGUACCAUUUACUUUUCAAGCACGGCCUGAACCGAUCUCUCUCAGCCUCACACUAGCCUCAUCUAAUCUUAAUGACCCGUCUUCCUCAAGGCAAUCAGCAUUCAACACGAUUGGAGUUGCUUAGAAAAACCCCCCAAAAGGUUGAAUCUGCAACACACACGUUGUUUGUUUCUCUGUUGUACAGAUAGGUCUUGAGAUUUUCUUAUGUAUUUGGCUGAAGAGACCUGUGUCAAAAGAAGAAUAAUAGACAGAGGAGUUUGGAGGAUAGUUUCUAAGUUUGGUUUUUAGGGUUUCAUCAUCAUCUUUUGUUUUGUUUUUUUUUUUUUUUUUCCUUCCAUGCUUGGAAGUUGUUGUAAUACUACUUACCUGGUCAUUCGUGUGGAUCUAUAUCAAAACUUAUAAAAACUAUAUUAACGUUA